AGCUUGUUAUGACAUACCGAUUUGGUAUGCGUGUCAUCUUCAGUUGUCAGUGUAGCAAGCGCAUAAUAUUUUGUGUGCUCUCUUCUGUUUUUUUUUUUCUUUUAACUCAUGUAAUGGCAGUGGUGUGUUUGUAUUUUGUGUUAAUGUGAAAGAAAAAUUCAAAAAAAAAACCCUCCCAAUCGUUCCGCGAUAGCCAUGGAACGGGAUCAGUUGCUGCGUGAGCCCAAAGGUGGUAAGAUGAAGGAUGGCCCGAUACGCUGCAUACUGCUCAGCGAGUUUCAUGUUGUGGCGGGCUCGAAGAUCAGCUGUCAGGUGCCGGAGAAUUUUAUCACCAAGGAAAUAUUUGACUCGAUACGCACCUACAUCAUACCAAAGCCACAGCUGCAACGGUGUAUUUUAACAAUCAACACAUUGGGCCACAAGGUGAUCGGUUACCCCGUACGCAUCAAUCACGUGCGCUAUCAGCGGAACUUUUUUUACUUUAAUUUAUGUUUUGUGUUUGACUCGUGGUCACGCACGGUGCAGUACGAGGCUGUGGUAAAGAAGCUGUCCGAGUAUCUGCUGAUGAUGGAGGAGGAAGGCUCAUUUUUGUCGAAUGCAGAAAACAAUAGUAACAUCAGUAACUUGCUCGCGUGUAUACUGCGCGAUCUGAACCAACGGCAGGUAGCGACAAUCGUGGAGGGUGAUACGACCAUCUAUCUGAAGAUAGGGCGGCUCAAAUCGGACCCACCGGUCGUGCAGGAUCACCAGGUGCCGCUGCUGUGCCGCGGGUUCGAGGACACGGAUCUCGAUUCGUGGGAUCUAACGACGCAACAGGUACUGCCGUUCAUCAAUGGGAUCAAUCACGUCGCACGGAUUGCCGCCGAAGCGGACGUCGAAAAUCAGCUGGUCAAGUCGUGCAUACAGAAUCUGGUGUACUACGGUGUGAUGCAGCUGCUGCCGUUGCUCAAGUACAGCAACGUGUACAUGUGUACGCGCGAACUGCAGAAGCUCACGCGCGAUCGUUCGUUGGCGGACGAAUGUCGCAAGUACGUGCAGCUGCAGCAUGCGGAAAAGGUGGACACCACCGUACGACUGCCGAGCCUGUUCAACAUACUGCAGCUGUACUCGCAGAUGACGCACGGCGUUACGCUCCGGUCGCUCUGCCAGCGGCUUUGCCCCCGGGACAACAACAUCGACGAACGGAAGCUGGUAUCGUUCGGGCUGCAGCACAAUCUGAUCCGCUGCAUCAACAAAUAUCCCAUCUACACCGGGUCGAUACCGACGCCCAAGCACAAGCUGUACACCGGGCUAAACAGUUUGGACGAAAUCUGCUGCAAAACGGGGCUGUCCCCCAGUCGGAUUGAGCAGGAGAUCGACAUGGACUCGAACGUGACCGUCAUAUGGAAGUAACGUGAUAGCACUGUACUGUCUGGUGAGCCUCAUGCAGCUGCUCUGCCAGCGUGUGGCGGCAUCACUCUGUGUGUUCUACAUGUUAUUUAAUUUAUGUUCGUGUGUAUGUUUUACAUCUUCUAUCGUGUUCGGGUAACUCGUGCAACUAACCCAUGUUUAGUUAAUUUUUUACUCUUAAUUGCUCUUUGUUUUUUCUGUUUCGUUUUGCAUGUUACAAUCAUAGUCCAAGUUUGCAACCAAAUUCCAAAUGCGCAUCACGCGCCAGUACGAUUACUCUUUAACCGAGAUUUUGAAAAGCCAUCAAUAGCUUAUUGUAACGGCAAUCUUAAGAUAGGUGCUAUAAAUUUUUAAUCAUUAUGAUUAAAAUUUCCCAACAGGAAGGAAAUCGUGGUGUAAAAGGUGAUUACUAUAAACGUUAAUAUACUCCUACGCCAGUUCUGCUACAGUUAGCAUUGAAUACGCUCUGGGCAAGCAUGAGAUUAGUUUGCAGCAACAAACAAGCAUAGUACAGCAGGAGACUUUAAAAUGCCAAAAACUCGAGAAGCUUACAACCUAGAAUGUUUCACGGUCUAGUUAACUAACGCACCUCAAAAUCGAAUGAUUAAUAAAGCAACGCGUGUCAUUCGAGAAAUGUUUCCAAUUUAUCAUUUUACCUCUCUUACUAACCCUCUUAGCACCAAAUGCUAGUAGUAACUGUGCGUGGUAGAGCAUGCCCAUUUUUUGAGUCAUUUGAGCUAAUUGCGUCUUUAGUGGUAGUAGUUGUAGUAGUCAGUGGAGUAGUGGUGGUUUUUAUAGAACAUUUUAUAGCGUAAGAGAUUUUUAUGAUCGUGCAAUAAAUAUUACUUCACAAUGCAUUGUAGCUAUUUGAGGAGAAAAUCGUGAUAUUUGGUGACAUUAAAAUAGAAGUCAGGUAAAUGAGGGUUCUCUAAGAAAGUCGAAUUAUAUUGUGAAAGAAACUGGUGAAUUGUAACAUUUAAUGACAAUUUUUAAAAAAUAAACAUACUUUGGACGUUAUGUAAAAUGAAA